AUGUCAAAAAUCGUACAUUUUCGUUCAUUGAUAUUGGUUCGAUUCCUAUAUUUUAUUACGUUAACAAAAUUAUUAUAUACAAUAAUUACAGUACAAAAAUGCAUUUUACGUAAUAUGAAAUACCGAACAUUUAUUUGUGAAGAAUUAAAUUCGUACUUGUAUUAAACGUUACUCCAAGAAUUAAUUUUAACCAAAAAUGUUAGUGUCACAAUUGUGCCGGUGCACUCGGCCAUUGAAAACUGCACCCUCCUGGUUGCUGGUGGGGAAUAGGAGUGGUACCAAUAGCAGCCUGCUCACAAGACAGUUGAUUACUUCCACAAGAUGCGGCAAUUCCAGAAUAGGUUAUAAGGGUCUAAGGAUAAAUGAAAUAAUCAAGUCAAACGGCAUCGUCGCGAGGUUUUGCUCCAGUGCUCCGAAGCCGAAGACACCAAAAGUGGUGGGCUACUGGCUGCUCGGCUGCAGUGGCAUGGUGUUCACAGCCGUCGUACUAGGUGGUGUGACAAGGCUGACGGAGUCCGGCCUCUCGAUGGUCACGUGGAAACUGCUAGGAGAGAAGAUGCCCAGGUCCGAGGACGAGUGGCAGAGGGAGUUCGAGAAAUACCAGCAAUACCCGGAGUUCAAAUACAAAAACCAGCACAUAACACUGUCGGAGUUCAAGUGGAUCUGGUUCAUGGAAUUCGCGCAUCGCACGUGGGGCAGAGCCAUCGGCGCAGCCGUGCUGCUGCCGGCCGCCGGCUUCUGGCUGCGUGGCUGCCUCGACCGCGGCAUGAAGAUACGCGUCGCCGUCUACUGCACGCUCGUCGCUGCGCAGGGCCUGAUGGGAUGGUACAUGGUGAAGUCGGGGCUGGAGGACCGCUUCCAAGGCCCGGCGGACGUGCCGCGCGUGUCGCAGUACCGGCUGGCGGCGCACCUGGGGCUGGCGUUCGUGCUGUACGCGGCGCUGCUGGGCGGCGCGCUGCGGGUGCUGCGGCCGCAGCCGCCGCUCGCCGUCCUGCGCAAGGGCGUCAAGGAACUGAAGAGCGUCACCAUCCUAGCACACAGUGUUAAGGCUUUAGCGUUUUUCACAGCUCUUUCAGGAGCAUUCGUGGCGGGCCUAGACGCGGGGCUCGUGUACAACUCGUUCCCCAAGAUGGGCGACCACUGGGUGCCCGAAGACAUCCUCGCGUUGAGCCCGACGCUACGCAACCUCACAGAGAACCCCACGACGGUGCAGUUCGACCACCGCGUGCUGGGCACCGCGACGCUGGCGGCCGCGUCGCUGCUGUGGCUGCGUGCACGCAAGGCUCCGCUGUCCGCGCCGGCCGCUCGCGUCGCCGCCGCCGUCGGCGCCAUGGCUUGGCUGCAGGUGACGCUGGGCGUGCUGACGCUGCUGCACUACGUGCCGACGCCGCUGGCCGCGAGCCACCAGGCCGGCUCCCUCACGCUCCUCACGCUCGCCAUCUGGCUCACGCACGAGGUCAAGCUCCUCAAAUUCAUACCCAAGUGAACAGUAUUGUGACAGUUGCAAGGUAUCGUUUCAUUGUAAUAUAAGUAUGUUAGACA